AUGCGUUUCAGUGUCUUAUUCAUUAUGUUGGCCAUCCUUUCGAUGGUAGCUGCCCAAGGCGGUGGCAAUCAACAACAAGGCUAUGGCCAACAAGGUUAUGGCCAACAAGGCGGAGCAAAUCAAAACAUGCAAGGUAAUGGCCAAAAUGCUCAAAAUGCUCAAGGAGGUGGAGGUGGUGGUGGUGGUGGCCAAAAUGCUCAAAAUGGCCAGGGUGGUCAAGGAGGUGGUGGUGGUGGCCAAAAUGCUCAAAAUGGCCAAGGAGGCCAAGGUGGUGCUUAUGCUGGCGCUACUACUGCUGGUACCAACUUUGCUCUUUUCAUCCAAAGUUUGCCAAAAUGUUUCUCAAAAUGUAUUGAAGAUCAAAACCUUGCAGCAAACAUCGGUUGCAGUACAGGUUACAACGGACAAAAUGGACAAAACAACGGUCAAAACAAUCAAAACAACCAAAACAACCAAAACAAUCAAAAUCAAGGAGGUGGCGGUGGCGGUCAAAACAAAGACCAAGCCUUGGCUUAUACAGAUGUCGACUGUGUCUGCAAAAACCCGCAAUUCCUCUCUUCUCUCGUUAGUUGCGCUCAAUACGACAAAGAUUGUUCACAAAACACAUACUCCAUUUCACAAGGUCAAAGUGCUUUCACCAGCUUCUGUCAAAAUAAUACCGCAAGUGCAACAAUCAUCGGCACUACCUCUCCAACAUCCAACACGUCUUACAACAACAACAACAGAAACCGCGUUGCCUCUGCAAAUGAGGCCGUUUCUACUCAUGGUUUGGCCGUUGGCUCAAUCAUCCUUACUGCCGUCCUUGCAGGCGCCGCCUCUUUCUUGUAG